UUGAAGUUUACAAUGACUCUACUCGGGACGUAUUUAUUGUGGAUAUUAGUUCAGCUUUCAGUUGAGCAAGUACAUAUGAAUGGGCUACCCGUUAUAGAAUCAGUGGAGAUAAACUGCGAUCACGACUAUGUGGAAUAUUUCAAGAAAGUGCCUAAUCAAGAUGAGCUCUAUACGUUUCGCGUGGUAAAGAAGGCUGCAUCGUUCACCAUCAACAUUGAGCUGCGCUCUGUGAAAUCUCAACGGGUAUUGUACGAGCUAAAAAGGGUAGAUGGCUGCCAGUUUUUAGAAAAUCAGUUUUAUAAGAAGAUGUUUGUCGAGAGCUACAAUACCUUAGUGGUGAACAACUCCUUCUUUAAGUGCCCGAUUGCCCCGAAGGUUUACUACCUCAAGAAUUUAACCAAUGCCCUGAUCUCACCGACUUUCCAUCCAACUGGACAUUAUCAGGCAUUCGUUCAAAUAAAAAUGGCUGAGAGUCCGUCUCCAUUCAUUAUGGAAAUUCUCUGGAAGUACAAAGUGCGUGCGGCAUAA